AUGGCUCUAAAAAAUUUUUCUGAAGACGAAAACCAUAAAACUGACUGGCAAGAACUGUUCUGCUCGGCUGAAUUUGUCAGAGGUGUAGAGAGCGAGCUUAUAUUCCUUUCAGCUCUUAAUAUUUUUCUUUCCGUCACUGCAUUUUUGGGGAACACUCUGAUCCUAGUUGCUCUGCACAAGGAAACUUCACUUCAUCCGCCGUCCAAACUCCUGUAUCGUAACCUAGCGAUAACUGAUCUCUGUGUUGGUAUCAUUGCGGAGCCCUUAGCUGCGACUUAUUCGGCUUCUGUGGUGAAAGGAAGAUGGGAUAUUUGCUAUUACGCAACACGAGUCCAAAAAUUUUCAGGCAGUAUUUUGUGUUCAGUAUCUUUAUUAACAUUGGCUGCAAUAAGCUUGGACAGACUUCUCGCCUUGAUGCUGGGGCUCAGAUACAGACAAGUUGUAACUUUGAAAAAAACAAGUGUAACUGUGAUUGGUUUUUGGAUUUUGUCCAUCGUCGUAGCAGCUACUGACUUUUGGAAUCUAUUUUUUAAUGUAACCACAUGGUAUGAACGUAUAGGUUUACCUUUGUGUCUAGUCACCACAAUCUUCGCUUACACAAAAAUCUCCUUCACUCUGCGUCAUAAUCAAAUUCAUGUUCAGAACCAUGUUGCUCAAGGACAACCGAGUCAAGCAAUUCCACUGAACAUAGCUCGAUACAGAAAGGCAGUGUACAGUGCAAUCUGGGUACAAGGAACAUUGGUUGUUUGUUAUCUGCCGUAUAGUAUAGCGUCCAUUUUAGCACUUCAAAGAGGGAUCUCUUUAUCCGUUUACCGUGCGCUUGCUUUAACUCUUUCUUUAGUCUAUUUAAACUCAUCUUUAAACCCCUUGAUGUACUGUUGGAAGAUCAGAGAAGUAAGGCAAGCUGUGAAAGGAACAUUAAGGCAACUCUUCCGUUGAUCGAGUUGGUUUUCUUUGCUUUCCAUCUGGUAAUUCAUCUCUGAAAAACGUGCUUUCGAGGAGAAAUCUGGCCUCGUUGAUAUUGAACAAUUUUUAACUGUAAAUAUAUUGUACUGCAAGCAUAUUUCAACAAUUUAAAGGCAUAUCACCUGUUUUUUAGGGGCAAGUAUAGUAUUCCUCGCCUAGAAAUUCAAAGAUGUUAUCAGCUUAACUAUUUAGUGGCAUCAAGAGAGAAUGAGCUAAGAGAGCGAAUCCCUGUGCCCCAUGAUAAUUUUUUAAAAUCUAUUUAAAGUUCGCGCGCGUGAUGCGAAGGCUUUUUUUGUCUGUUGUUUCCGUGACCCGUGUGGUCUACUUUCACGUGAACGUGACAUGUUUCACCGCCAAACAUUUGAAGUUUGACAGCCAUCAUAGUAAUUAGCGCCAGGAGCCGAUACUAAUCGGCUCCUGCUGUAGACAUGUUUUUGAUCAGCGUGUUCCGCUCAUAAUUUAGGAAUGAAUUUCAUUUACAAGGGAUUGCAGUAUUGGAGUCAAAAUUUCACUUUGAGAUUUUCUAACGGCUGGUAGCCUCAUUUAAAGUAACGAAUAUUGAAUUCUGACACAUUGAGAAAGCCAAAGGCAAAGGUUAUCAAACGAGAAACACAAAACCUUUAAUAAAUGGCUGGCUUCACUUGUUUAUACAAAUGUGUAAGAUAUUUUUUCUCUUUUUCAUGGAAUCUUCUUCGGUCAGAAACAGUAAAAUUGCUUUUAAGAACUAUUCUUGAGAGUUUCAAACUGCAUUACUUCUUCUUUAUGUCUAAUACUUGCGAUGAAUAUUUCGCUGUGCGAACGCAAAUCAGGUCAGAUGCUUCAAGCUGUUAAAGAGUCGCCAGCCUUGAUGCCUGAGACUUCUAAUCCGCGGUUUCCGGUUUCGGUCAAUUCUUCAUAGUGAGCGGUGUGCCCACAUUUGUAUAGAGCCCUCUCAAAAUUCAAAUGUUUGGCGACCAAACAUUCGUGUUUGCACCCACUUUGAACCGCUCGUACGUGUCCACGGUUAAAUCCAAACGAUGGUAUCACAGCUCGAUGGUGUAUGUGGAUGUCGCCGGAAGAGACAGUUGUCGUUUUAAUACAAUAGGUUGUUGGUUGUUUAUAUACUGAUGCAGCGAAGACCUCAAUGACCAAUUUUCGUCGAGUCAGAACCGCUUUCUUCGGCGAACUCCCACAAGCCACGACCGUUUUGCUCUUCGGCAGCUACUCUGUCCAGAUUUUUCCACGUAGAAAUCUUUUGACUCGUCGACGAAUUGAAAGUAAUACCACGUUUGCACGCCAUAUCGCUUGCUGUGCGUGAUCGGCAGUGAAAUGAAUUACUCGCUAAGUUUAAAAUUACAUGACGCCACUCAAACCGACCAAUAAGGUGGCGUCCUUAAAAUAACCACGCAGUAUGACACAGAACCAAGAAUAGAUUGAAAAUAAUUUUCAUGGAAAGAGGGUUAUGUAUUGGGGAUUCGCUCUCUUGGAUCAUUCUCUCUUGGUGGCAUGAAGUGUACACAUCCCGCGAGAGCUUAACUCGUGCGAAUAAAGAGCUAACAAAGAAAUAUUACGUUUCAAGGGUUCCAUUCCUUCUUGUUCUUCUUGUCCAGUCUUGUGUUUGUUGUUGUUGUCGUUGUUUUACCAAUUAAAGUAAUUCCAGCCAGUCAGGGGAUGUCUGUAAAACGGCUACCACAUACUUGCGGAUGGGAAAAUGAGGAAAAAAAAGCUCGGAAAGAAAAAAAUGCCGACAGAAAAAAAAAACAACAAGUAAGAAGGAUAAGACGAGCAAUGCCGAUAGCAAAUAAAAACAAACAAACAAAAACAAAAAGGAAAGAAAUCUUUCUUUGAAGUGGUUGUCACAGGGUUGGGCCGUUCAUGUAUAGAACUUGUUGUUAUUAGUUGGCCGACAGGUUACUCCAGGUUUUUCCUCAGUUCUUUAAUUUGAGCCCUGUAUUUCCUUUCCUUAAUGUCAUAGCAAAAAAAGACUCUCUCUUUUCGUCCUCCAUGAAUGCACGCACGCUCUGGAGCACUUCUUCUUUGAGCACAUAGCAUGCAGAGGGGCCUGUAGGCAGGGUGAACAGCGCAAAUAACCGUCCAGCUCUUCGCCUAUUUUCAUUUUGCGCUUGCUCCGGAAUUUCCUUUUCCCACAGUGCAUAAUUAUGCUAGACAAUUAUUCAAACGUGGCGUAAUUCACCUUACUUCCGGGAAUUAGCGACAUAUUUUAAUGUUACUUUUGGAAUUUAAUGGUUAUCUUCAGUCAAAAACGGAACUGUGUCGUUCAUAUUUGUUUAUGGAUCAAUCAAAAUGAACUUCAGAUUCUGGCCAUGAAAAAGAAUCGAUCAGGGUUUCCAUUUUGUCUUGUCGCUAGGUCAGUUUUGCUCGGCAACUCAGUCCACCCGCCAUACAUAAAAUCAGGCCCUGCAGGUACUUGGGCGGUAACCAUGCCUAGUUCCCACUGCGCUAAGAAGAUCCGUGUUGGACGUAAAUGAAUAAACAAAUAAAUGUAGCUGAAGUAUAAGUGAAUAGAAAUGAUCAUGCAUCGUAAUAACACGAACAUCGAAUUUUACCCGGCUGUGAAAGCACUGUAUUUUAAGUCUGCAGUCAUUUUCAUGAUACUUGAAAGCAGUGCAAAUAAACUAUUAGAGAACAAAACAAAUUAAAAACUGAAUUACUUUGCGAUCUCGGCGCCUAAGAAAUCGUUUUGUUGUCAAAUGUCGGUCCAUAGUUUUUUAUUUCAAAAUAGUUACUUCUAAGUCGGUCAAAAAAAAGCAAAUGUGAGAUUGGCAAACAACUCAGUCAAAUAUUACGUACUCUUAGAACACUACCUGCGUUCAAUCCUGGCAAUAAGAACAAAGUAUCAUUGGAUGUAACAGAAGACGAACGGGAAAAAUAAAAUUUUUAAGUACCCUGUGAAGUAUCGGAAGGAAUUGACAAACAGCCUAGCGCUCCUGUUUAUCCAGGAAUUGCAUCUAAUUAUCUGUCUAAUGUAACUAUUACCUGUAGUUCCUACUUUUUCUCCGCCUUUUAUUUCAAAACUAAAAAUUUCUGUCAAUAACUUUGUACACGUGUUUUGCUCUCCGAAGAUGGAUAUCAAACUACAAUUAAUUUUAUAAUUGGGAUUUAAGCAUAGAAGAACCAUAAAAAAAACCUGCUUCAGUAACACAAAUUAUUUUUGUUAUCCACAUUUUUUUCUAUCCUCACUUUUCCAUCCGCAGGUAUCUGGCACGCGUUUUACAGACACCCCCAGUCAGGUGUGCGUGAAGAGGCACUAUUAUAACUGUUACAUUGAAAUGGUCGAGCAGAGAAACGAAAUAUGAAAAUAAAAUUAAAAUUCAACAGAAGACAACAUAAUAAGAAACACUUACCUCAAAAAAGUGAAACAAAAAAGUAAGAACGGAGAAGAUUCGUCUUAACUUUUUAAAAACAAAACUCCGCUGAACUAAAUACUCUUAUUUUAUUAUUAUUAUUUUUUUUCAUUUUCUUUGAUGGCAACAACGCACUUGAAACGUGCGGCCUUUUCCUUUAAUUGACAAAGUUAAGAAAAUCUUGAAUUGGCCAACUGAAAAGAAAAAUAGUGGAGAAUAUGAAAAAUAGCUAGACACGAGACAGCAGAAAGAAAAUCAAUCUUAUCAGUAUUCGGUUUGGUCGCGAUCUCAUUUUUCGUGCUCUCGUUUACUUGAGGUUAAGUCUAGCACCAGUAUAAAUUGUAACUGAUUAGUAAGGCUAGAAAAGGUACAAGCAGUCGGUAUAUUGUGCUUUCUACAUCAGUCGUUGUUUAUACACUGGACGUGAUGGAAACGAAAAGGCAUUGAGAGAAACGACAGGUGUCCAUACUGGGUAAGAACCAAGGUUAUAUUGAUAACACAUCGAUCAUCAGUCCAGUUUGGUAAAAGUACCAUAUUGAAGGGCAAAGAUAUUGCCUUUCCAAAAGUUAGGAAUGCUCGGUAUCUCAGAAGAUGAACUGGGCAUUAAAUACAUGCUAUAACUUUUGUAUUUUGCCUAACACAGGUGUCAUGCAAGCGAUAGCAAAAAUUCACCUCAUGAGCACAUAAUAUUUUGCAACAAAAGCAACUUGUACUUUGUAAUCACGCCGGAAGGGAUGUUAAUUAAGUAACGUAGAAAGGGGAACAGGAAAAAAAAGUAUAUCCAUGUCAAUUCCGCGCGAAAACACUUGCGUACUAAAGGAAGAUGCUGUAGGAAACAAGCCAGGGAGAUCCAGGGAAUAAACCCUGGAAAAAAACAUGCAGCUGUUCAAGGAACGAGUGUUAUUGUUAGUGGUGAAGUUAUCAUUUAACAUCUUCAUAAACAACACAAAUAACGUACACCAACGUUAUCGCAGCCCACUGCACACAGUUUGAUGUGUUUGCCGACUGUCAAGACUUCCUUUACAACUGAAAACACAUUAAAAACAUCAGCGAGUUAGUUUCAACAGGCUCAUUAAAGUUCGGUGUCAGCUUGAAACACUUCAUUGUUUUUGCUAAACCCUGACUACAACUUUUAAGAACAAAAAUAAGACUCAUCUCUUUUGUUACAUAUCGUGAUAACUAUAUAUUACAGGCGUGAUAAUUACGGAAGAAUUAGCAAAUAAAAUAACCGCUUCAAAGCACUUGCACUGAUGAGAUGGCCAUGACGUUUUCGUGCGAUUUCCCUUUAGUAUACCCUAAUUGAUUGCUAAUUGUUGUAAACAUACGCUUAGUCAUUAAGUAGGGCAUAUACACCUGAUUGCAAUGAGCAUGUCUUACAAAAAUGGUAAAGGGGGAAAUGAAAGGCCUUCUAAAAAAUCUAGAAAGGAGUCAGAAAGGGAGCAUUAAGCUGUAUAGGCAUUUUGGGGGCAUAGAAGAGAAGACUGUACGCGUAGGUUGUUGAAAAUAAAUUCACCAUAUAGUGGUUUAACGGCAAGCCUAAUUAAUUUCGAUUUGUUUUUUUGCAAUUUUAAUUUCAAUUCCUUUUAGCUGAUUUAACUAUGACAACGCUAUAGCAAUUAGGUGUAUAUACAGUAUAUCGCUUAAUUUCUGGGAAGGAGUGAUGGCUCAAGCUUAUAGUAAACUUAAAAAAAUUCUAAUGAGUUAUCGGAAUUUCCUUCAAAUUACUGCGAUAUCAAGUUGCCAAUGCACCUCCAACAAGAGACCUAAAAAUGUGUUAAAAUCGCCCGUGAGUUUAAGUUUCACCUGGCUCAUUUAUAGUUCGAUCAGUUAGAUUGAAAAAGUACCGAGACAACUUUGCUCGACCUUUCUUGGCCCUGAGAGCUUUUUUCUUUUACGUUUAGUUAAUAGUUUUUGCACGUUUAUGACUCUAUAAAUUACUUCUGAUCAUUAUUUAUUAAUACGCGACAAAUUAACGUAUAUAGCCCGUUUAGGUAAAUAGUGUUGACUGUAGAGAUGUCGACAUGAUAUCAAUUUUCACCCAGAUUAAAAUAGUGUGUAUAAAUGAAACUCUCACUUGCAGGUCAUUCGCUUCCUCUCAAACCGCCCCCCGCCCCCUAAGUAGUUUUGACACUCAUGCAAGAUGGCAGCCCGUAACGCAAAGCGCUCGAUCUCGACGAUCUUACGGGAAAAUAGGGGACUGUGAACAGUCUAGUGGUAAAGUUAUCAUUUUAAACCCUGACUACAACUUUUAGGAACAAAAAAAACUCAUCUCUUUUGUUUUUGUUUGAAACACGGAUCGUGAUAUUUACAGGCGUGAUAAUUACAGAAGAAUUAGCAAAUAAAAUAACCGCGUCAAAGCACUUGCACUGAGAUGGUCAUGACGUUUUCUUGCGUUUUACCUUUACCCUAAGGGAUGGUUUUCACAGUGAGGUCAUCAAAUUGCAAAGUCAAAAAAGCGAGGCUCUAUGAAUUCUUAUUUACACUAGGUUGAAGAUAAAUAGAAAAGAAAUCUUUGUACAAGAUUCCAGCCCCGAAGUACGUUUCUUUUCGAAAACACAGCAGUUUGAACUUCCGAGUUUUCACAGUACGUGAAACCAAAAUAGGAAUGCUGUCUCAUUGCAAAAAGUCUCUCGUCUUGAUUUUCUUGAUUUUGAUGCAGACUCGUACCCAGUCGCUAUUCAAGUGUUUUUUGGGAUGAGAGAAGAUUGGAAAUUAGGUUGAGGCGCGCGCGGGGUCUCAUGGGAAGGGAAAAAGGACCUGCACGUCUCUAGCGAACGAAAUCUGCCAGUCGCUAUUUUUCCUUCUUCCCUUCCCAUGAGACCCCGCGCGCGCCUCAACCUAAUCCUUAAUCUUCUCUCAUCCCAAAAAACACUUAAAUAGCGACUGGGUACGAGUCUGAUUUUGAUGGUUUUCGUGCGUUUUCCCUUCACCCUAAUUGAGUCCUAAUUGUUGUAAACAUGUAGAUAUCUUUUUCCAGCCAUAUUAAUUUCACGCGUGGUCACGUAGCGCAUAUACACCUAAUUGCAAUAACGUUGUCUAAGAAAAAUGGUAAAGGGAAAUGAAAAAAGAAAAAGCCAAAUAGGAAUUAAUUAGGCCUGCUAAUAAAUCUAGAAAGGAGACAGAAAGAGAGCAUUUAUUUGCUGCAUAGGCGUUUUAGGGGCAUAGAAGCGAAGACAGCACGCGUAUGUUGAAAAUAAAUUCACGAUAUAGUGGUUUAACGGUAAGCCUAAUUAAUUUCGAUUUGUUUUUUGCAUUUUUAAUUUCAGUUGCUUUUAGCUGAUUUAACUAUGACAACGCAAUUGCAAUUAAUUAGGUGUAUAUAUGUCGCUUAAUUUCUGAGAAGGAGUGAUGACUCAGCCUUAUAUAAACUUUAAAAAAUCUUGAGUUAUUGGAAUUUCCUUCAAAUUACUGCGAUGUCAAGUUGCCAAUGCGUAGCCAACAUAAGACCUAAAAAGUUAUUAAAAUUAUCCGUGAGUUUAAGUUUCAUCUGUGACAUAACAUUUGGCUCAUCAUAGUUCGGUCAGUUGGAUUGAAAAAAUACCGAGACAACUCUGCUCAUCCUUUCUUGGCGCUCUGAGCUUUUUUCUUUUACGUUUAGUUAACUGAUAGUUUUUGCACGUUUAUGACUCUAUAAUUUACCUCUGAUCAUCAUUUAUUAAUACGCUACAAAUUAACGUAUAUAACCAGUAACAGUUUAGGUAAAUAGUUUUGACUGUAAAGAUGUCAAAUUGAUAUCAACGUUGGCCCAAAUUCAAAUAGUAUAUAUAAAUAAAACUCUCACUUGCAGGUCAUUGCGCCCAAGAGGAAAAUGGCCCUGAAAAAUUUUACUGAAGACGAAAACCAUAAAACUGUCCAAGGACUGUUCUGCUCGGCUGAAUUUGUCAGAGGUGUAGAGAGCGAGCUUAUAUUCCUUUCAGCUCUUCAUAUUUUUCUUUCCGUCACUGCAUUUCUGGGGAACACUCUGAUCCUAGUUGCUCUGCACAAGGAAACUUCACUUCAUCCGCCGUCCAAACUCCUGUAUCGUAACCUAGCGAUAACUGAUCUUUGUGUUGGUAUCAUUAUAGAGCCUUUAACUGUGACUUAUUUUACUUCUGUUGUGAAAGAAAGAUGGGAUAUUUGUUAUUACGCAUAUCGGGCAGGAAAUUACUCAAGUUUUGUUUUGUGUGUAGUGUCUGUAUUAACAGUGACUGCAAUAAGCGUGGACAGACUUCUCGCCUUGUUGCUGGGGUUCAAAUACAGACAAGUUUUAACUCAUAGAAUAACAUGUAUAAUUGUGACUGGGUUUUGGAUUUUGUCCAUCGUCGGUGCGUCUACUCUCUUUUUUAAUCGUCGUAUAACUUCAUGGUGUCUAUACAUAGUUUCGGCUUUGUGUCUAGUCACCACAACCUUCGCUUACACAAAAAUUUUCUUUACUCUGCGUCAUAAUCAAAUUCAUGUUCAGAACCAUGUUGCUCAAGGACAACCGAGCCAAGCAAUUCCACUGAACACAGCUCGAUACAGAAAGGCAGUGUACAGUGCACUGUGGGUACAGGGAACAUUGGCUAUUUGUUAUCUUCCAUUUUCUAUAUUGUUCGUUUUGACACCACGCAGAGGGAUGCCUUUAUCGAUCUACCUUGCCUGGAAUUUCACAACUAGCAUGGUUUUCUUUAACUCGUCAUUAAACCCGUUGCUGUACUGUUGGAAGAUCAGAGAAGUAAGGCAAGCUGUAAAAGAAACAUUAAAGCGACUCUUCUGUCGAUCGAGUUAGUUUUUUACGGUUUCCAUCCGUUGACUCGUGCUAUAUUCAAAACUCGCUUCCAAGGUGAAAUUUACUGAAUUUAACGCAGUUAACUGUAAAUGUACGGUAUUUAUUGUAAGCUUAUUUUAAGAAAAAAGACAUAUCAGCUGUUAUUUUGUGGCAUGAAGUGUAAACGGCCUUACCAAUAAAUAGAUAGCUAAGAAACAAAUAGGAUGUCAACAUGUUUUUAUUAGCAACACAACAACUUUGCUCGUUGAUCACGCUUUUUUGCACUGUACAUUUCUUUGGCGUCGCUGAACGACUACGACGUGAAAGUGCAUCAUUUCACUUUUUUGGAGGACAAGAACACAAGGAAACGACUUCCUCUUUCUUUUCCUGAAUUUCGAUACAGUGUUUAAGAAUUCACUUCCAGAAAAAAUUGCCAACAUUUGAAGAAUUGAACGAGCUCGAAUAAGUGCGACCAAUUGACUAAAGACGGGCGGGUUUUAUCAACAUAGGCGCUGAAUAUAAACUUUCUCAUAAUCCUUCCCCGCGCUAUAUCCGUUGUCGCCAUUCAGUGUAAUCAGUAUUCGGUUGGUCGCGCUCUCAUUUUUCGUGCUCUCGUUUGGCUUUCGUAUCUUUACUUGAGGAAAAAUUCACACGACAAAAAACAUGGUGAGCACAAAGAAAAAAAAAGUGCAAAGCAGGAAGUCACCCUCCCAAUGCCCCACCCUGUCAUUUUUCCCGCGAAAACCAUCAUUCAGUUUCCAUGA